GACAUCCUCUGGAGACAUUCGACGCGCCCUUCGCUAAACUAUGCUUUCUAGCCGGAGAGUCUGCACGGCUUGUUCUCCAGAUCUCUUUCGUGCCCUUGCCCGUUGCUCGUUCAGCUUGGUGAGAAGCCCUGCGCUACGCUCUCUACAAUCGCGGCUUGGGGUGCCGAGAGUCCUCCGUUCACAUAGCUGGCUCUCCAGAGUAUCAUUAUUAGCUUUAGGGUCACAGAAUGGGCGGCACGUCGGAAGCUGUCAUAGUCAACGCUUUUUCUCCUCCCCUUCCUCGGACCAUGCCCCCUCCAAGAAAGCCGCCGUGUUCGCAUUGCUCGAUAGGAUACAUGCCCACCACUACGACCUCUUGGAGGAUGUACAUGACCUAGGGAUGCUAAUCAGGUUUCCCGAACUUGGCCACCUUUUUGAACUGCGCUUAACGGAUGAGUUUGUCGAUAUCCUGGGCCAUCUGAAUCAAGAGACCUUAGGUGAAAGAGUCAGGCUCGCAAGGCAGCAAUAUGGAAAUUCCCUUCCGGAGGGCGAAUUAAAUGAGGAAGAGAUGACCCUAUAUACACGGCUAUAUGGAGAGCCAGCAACUUUGUCGGAGAGUGAGCCUCAACCUCCGGAGGAAGCGGGAAACACGCUUUUUCGGCAGAACAGCGAAGGUGAAUUUGUCGAAGUGGACCUGGAGUCUGAGCUCGUAGACCCGACCGGGGAGGAAAACGCACAACCAAGUGACAUCUUUCCCGUUGAUAGCCCGGAGGAACUUGAAAGACGGAUGUAUGAGGUUGCGAAACAACUUGAAGGGGAUGUAAUUACCGAGUUUCCUCCAAAUGACUAUUCGUAUGGAAACGCACAGCCUCGUGCACACCCUUUGACCGCCGCUGCCGAGUUUAGGACGUACCCUUCUACAGUGUACAUGCCAACAGAUACCUUUACGAAACCUAUCAGGGAUUUACUUUCACAUCACAGCCCGAAACAUAUCAGCGAGGCUGCGCAUAACCUAUUCAUGCCUUGUUUAUCAAAAUCCACCACUACCACCAAACGCACCCCUCAAGAGCCUAUCACCUCUUCUCCAUCACAACGCAUCAUGUCUGGAAUUGAAGCUAGCCUCUUUCUUGCUGUUCUGUAUCCUGGCAUGUACGCGACCACUUUAAGUAUAUUGACGGAAGUCCGAAAGAGACUAGGGACUAAAUGGUUACGCGAUCUGAUAUAUAAAGAGGGAGGCCCGACAGUACUCGACGCUGGGGCGGGUGGAGCUGGUAUUUUGGCAUGGAGAGACAUACUCAAAGCAGAGUGGUCGCUGAUGUACCCUGACCACCCUUCAGAAUCCCAAGCUCCUCAGGGAAAAGCCACGGUUGUGGUUGGAUCCGAUUCAUUGCGACAUCGGACCAGCAAGCUUCUCGACAAUACGACAUUUAUCCCACGCCUGCCGGAUUAUUUGCACUUGAGAGAUAAGUCGGUCAUCGAUACGGAUGCCUUGCCGCCAAAACGGAAGCAGUUUGAUGUGAUCAUCGCACCGCAUACAUUGAUGCAUUUCCAAGAACCUUAUAUGCGCAAGGAAUAUGUUCUGAAUCUUUGGUCCUUAUUGAAUCCGAAUGGCGGUAUUCUUGUUUUGGCGGAAAAGGGUAUCCAACGAGGGUUUGAUGUCAUUGGAGGCGCUCGGGAAAUGAUUUUAGAGAGGUUGAUCGCUUCCCCCGGAUCUACCCAAUAUGAGAAUGUCCUAGAAUCUCCUGGCGAUGAGGCAAUCGUACAAAAGGAAAAAGGCAUGAUUGUUGCUCCAUGUACAAACCAUUCCAAAUGCCCGAUGUACGUUGGUCCAGAUGUGCAUGUCCCGAAGAGGGAUUAUUGUCAUUUCAGUCAACGUUAUAUCCGCCCAGAUUUUCUCCAGAAAAUUUCAGGAGCCAUUGGCAAAAAUCAUGAGGACGUUGAAUUCAGCUAUCUCGUCGUCCAGAGAGGAGUUGACCAACGCGAGAAUCAAGGUAUAAUACAGGGGCCCAGUGCCGCCGAUGCUGCUUUCUCCGGUUAUGAAGCUUCUGUGGAUAACGCAGGCCACUUUGAAAUCCAAGAGCUGAGUGAAAUGAAUGAAUCUACAACCCCACAGGUCAACACUCUCUCCCUUCCCCGACUCAUUCUUCCCCCGAUAAAACGCAAAGGACAUGUGGUAAUGGACGUGUGUACGCCCGCCGGUAAAAUCGAACGCUGGGUUGUCCCUCGCUCGUUUAGCAAACAAGCAUAUCGCGACGCUCGCAAGUCCAAGUGGGGGGAUCUCUGGGCCCUAGGUGCUAAGACACGAAUGACACGCGCCUUGAAGCUAGGGACUGCGAAAAAAUCGGUUAUCAAGACUAAAAAGGAAGCGAGCAAAUCAAAGAAUAACAAGGACGACGUCGAUGAUGAACUCGGAAUCAUGGACGAAGAUGGAUUUGACAUUCCUGAUUUUGAGAGGAUAAUGGAGAAGUUCAACGAGCGGGGCGCCAAAGGGGGCAAAAACAAGAGGAUCAGCGAGGAUCAGGACAAUGCGCGGGAUAUGAAGCCCAAGCGCCGACCAUCUGACGUGACAGUGCCGACCUGGAUAAAAAAGAUGGAGAAAAGGAGGGCGCGAAAACUUCGGGAGAAAUAUAGCAAGUCUUUUUCGGAGACUUAGAGAUGUGCUUGUUGCUCGGCUAUUUGAAUGUGCAUCGCGACAUGGCGUUCCAAGAGGUAGGCGAGAUGGUGAUGGAUGUUGUGAACAUGCACUGGAUAUUAUACUUUGGGUUCUGUUCACGAGUAAAAUAUAUUUUCAGCGUUUGUAUUAAUAGCGAGAUCAUGGACGGAGUACCAUA